GUGGUUCCAGGGGAAAGGAUUAAAAGGUUAGUGCGGCUCGGUGUCGAUGCAGUGUUACACUUGGCAUGCCGUUGCUGUUUAAAUGCCACAUAUUGUUUCAGCUCCUCAUCUAAUGUGGCUGUUGCUGGGCCACACACACCCAGCGCGGGGCUGUGCAGGCACCGCACGGCGUGGAGCACACAUUUAUGUUGUGCGACGACCUUAAAACCGCUUGCGCUUCACACGGAUCUGAAGAACAAGAAUAAAAGCAGUCAUCUGGAUUUAUAAAUUGUCGUAUGUUCAGGUCGAAACGCUCAGGUCUUGUGCGGCGACUCUGGAGAAGCCGUUUGGUUCCAGAUAGACAGGGGGGCGAUGGAGGCAGCAGGGGCAGCGAGGGGGGUCGCGACGAGGUGUGGGGCAGCAACCCGGAGAAGAUCUCCAAAACGGAGCUCGGAGCGGUGACCCGCGGAGGAUCGGGCGCCGGGGACCUUCCGGAGGCGCGCACCACCACCACCAGGGGGGCUUCCCCGGAGAGCGGUGGCGGCGGCGGCGGCGGCGGCUCGGGGGACGCCGUGGACCAGCAUCAUCAUCAUCAUCAUCAUCAUCAUGAUCAUGGGGGUGCCAUGUGCGUCCUGGAGGACGGGAGUCCCCGAUCUCUGCCGGAGAACGAGUGCAGGACGGUGACGUGCUGCUUGUUCAAAGACCGCGAGCACUCGGACUCGACCAGGGCCAGAGAGCCCGCUCCGUGCCAGUUCACCCUCAGGAGCCCCGGGCACGCCGGCGCCCAGGACAGCGGUCCUCCCGGAGGACCGGCGGAGGCGAAGCCCCGCUCGGUGCUCGAGCAGGAACUCAAAACGGUCACCUACUCCUUUCUGAAAAGGCUAAAGGAGAAGCCGCUGGAUAGCCUGCUGGAGGCCGUGGAGUCCAAGGGCGGGAUGCCCAGUGGCUGCGUGAUGGUGUCGCGGACGGAGGUGCGGCUGGGCGGCCACUCGGCGCCUCCGCAGCUGCUGCUCUGCAGGCUGUACCGCUGGGCCGACCUGCAGCACACGGCGCAGCUCAAGCCGCUGUGUGAGUGCCAGAGCUUCGGGGCCACGGACGGGGCCGCGGACGGAGCCACGGUGUGCUGCAACCCGUACCACUACAGCCGCCUGUGCGGGCCAGAGUCACCUCCACCUCCUUACUCAAGACUUUCCCCCACUGAAGAACUCAAGCCACUGGAUCUGUCAGAUUCAACGUUGUCUUACACUGAAACGGAGGCUGCCAGCUCCCCCAACACCAGCCCAGGGGACUUCUCAGAUGUCAGCUCGUCGCCGGAUGCCCUCAAGCAGAGCCACUGGUGCCACGUGGCCUACUGGGAGCACCGCACACGGGUGGGCCGCCUCUACGCAGUGUACAAGCACUCCGUCAGCAUCUUCUACGAUCUACCUCAAGGCACGGGCUUCUGUCUGGGUCAGCUGGGACCCGAGCGCCGUAGCAGCAGCGUCCAGCGCACGCGGGGCAAAAUUGGCCGUGGCAUCCUGCUGAGCAAGGAGGCGGACGGCGUGUGGGCUUAUAACCGCAGCGAACACCCCAUCUUCGUCAACUCCCCCACCCUGGACAUUCCUAGCUGCAGGAGCCUGGUGGUGCGCAAGGUGAUGCCCGGCUACUCCAUCAAGGUGUUUGACUACGAGAGGUCGUGCCUGCUGCAGCACGCGGCCGACCCUGACUGCCUGGACGGGCCCUAUGACCCCAACAGUGUGCGCAUCAGCUUCGCCAAGGGCUGGGGCCCCUGCUACUCCAGGCAGUUCAUCACCUCCUGCCCGUGCUGGCUGGAGAUUCUGCUCAACAACCACAGAUAACACACACCUGCGAAUGGACAGCGCUUACCACAAACUAUCCCAAAUAUCAUCUACCUAGAUUUAAUAUAAAGUUUUAUAUAUUAUAUGAAAUAUAUAUUAUACUUGUAAAUACGGAGUCAUUUUUACGAUGUAAUUAUUUAUGUAUGGUGCAAUGUGUAUAUGGAACAGAGGAAAACAAAAAGCAGAAAAUGCACUUUGGCUUUUAUAUACGUAUAUAUAUAUGUAUAUAUACGUGUGUGUGUGUGUUUGUGUGUGUGUGUGUAUGUGUGUAUGUGUGUGUAUACAUAUAUUCACACACAUACAGACUCUUUCAGUACCAAUCUUUUGGAAAAUUAUACAGCAAAAAUGAGAAACCUGAUUUUGGUGUAUGAUUUUCAUAUUAAUACCCAGACAAAAAGCUAACA